AUGAAUCCACGUCUGCCCUUCGAUGAUGCUGCCUGGGAAAAAAGCGACCAGAACGAAGAAUUCUGGCUAGAUCUUCUCUUUGAUGGAGACAUCUACAAUAAGAUUGGAAUUUUCCUCGCUGAACAUCAUUCCCCUCGCCAAUGGGCCGAUUUCAAAAUUUUCAACUGCGGCGGUUUCAACGCUAGCUUCCUCAUGACAUUCACCGAUACCGAUGCUGGCGCUCUUUUAAGACUCCCACUGCCUGGCGUUCAUAUGUUUCCUGAGGAAAAAGUUCGUAAUGAGGUCUCUAUCAUGCAAUUCAUCACCGAAAGAACUUCACAAACAAUGCCGAUUCCAGUUCCUAUGGUCUCCCGCUGGGGAGGGAGAAACGACAGUCCAUCAAAUUUGGGUCCCUUUAUAAUCACGGACUAUAUUGACCACGAGAGAAGCAUGUCUGAUCUUCUCGAGACGCCGGGACGCCAACCAGAACAACGUCCAGAACUUAAUCCGGAUAUUAGCGCCACAAAGCUAAAAGCUGCCUAUAGAGAACUAGCCAAUAUUGUCUUUUCUCUCUCUACACUAUCUUUGAACCGGAUUGGGUCUCUGAAACAAACCGGCAAAUCGGCGUGGGAAGUGGCAUAUCGGCCAUUAUCCAUGUCUAUGAAUGAAAUUGUGCGUCUAGGGACGCUACCUCGAUCGAAACUCCCCACCGUGACGUACGACAGAGCGUCGUUGUACUUUGAAGCCCUAGCAAAGCUACACAUCUCACACCUCGAACACCAAAGGAACGAUGCUAUAGACUCGGCCGACGACUGCCGGCGUAAGUUUGUUGCUAGAUUCUUAUUUCGGAAAGUUGUCCGAGAUCGGGAGCUUAGGGACAAGUGGAUGUCCCAUGAGCAUGGCCCAUUUCCAGUUUUGUGCGACGACUUUCGACCACAGAAUGUCAUGGUCGAUAAAGCUGAAAAAGUCGUUGGGCUUCUUCUCGAAAAGCCGGAAUAUUGGACCAAAGGCCUUGAUGACUGGUGUGCACAGUAUGAGAAACGGCUUCAGAUCUUCCUUCAGGCAAUGAUGGAUUGCGAAGAGGACGCGUACCAGACUCGGAACGAACGACACGAAGAAAGCGAGCGACUCUCUAGUCGGAUGCGACAUAGCUGGGAGAGCGGAGACUUUUGGAUCAUGUAUGCUGCAAGGAACAAUUUCGCCUUUGACGCCAUAUAUUGGAACAAGAUCGAUCGGCGAUUCUUCGGGUCCAGUACCUCUGACGACAACAUAUGCGAUGUAUGGAAGAAAAGACUUCAUCUCUUGGAACCUGAAGAAAAGGAAAUCAUGGAUAAAUAUGUGGAUUUGAAGCUUCAGGAGAAUGAGACAAGGCUUCUCUCUUGGGACCCAGAUCAGUAUACCCUGGAAUAUAUGGCCAAGAUGGGAGCUUGA